AUGGCCGUGGGAACAACAAAUCACCAGCCUCUGCCGGACACGGCACAGAUCAAGUCCACAGAAGCCGAAAGACCAGAGAGACGUGCAGUCGUCACGAUCAUAAACUACUAUGACGACCCUGGAGAUGGAACCCCUCCCACCCCAAUCGUUGUAGGGGGCUCGAAGUACUCAUGCCUUUUGUUCAAUUCCAGUCAGAAAGUCACAAAUGAGAGGAAAAUGACACCUCGCACCGUCACCGUCACCGACAUCAGAGGCGAAGAGGAUAAGUACACCCUCGACACCCACGGCUUCCAGUACGUCCGCCACACUAGCGUUGAGACGGACUUUACAGACGAGGAACGGGUCAAGGGCGUCUACUAUCCCGAGAUGGAGAAGCUGUACAAGGAAAUCACGGGAGCAAGCCGGGUCGUCAUCUUCAACCACCAGAUCCGCCGCGGGCCGGCAAACUGGCACAGCCUAGGCGAACGCAACACGGAGCACCGCGGCCCCCUGCACAAGGCGCACGUGGACCAGUCCUACGACGGCGCCGUCAUGAUGGCGAGGCACCACGUCGGCGCGGACGAAGCCGGCAGACUCCUCGACAAGGAGAAGCGCCGGUUCCAGAUCAUCAACAUCUGGCGGCCUAUUGCGACGGUGCGGCGGGACCCGCUGGCCGUCGCGGACGGGAGUACGGUCGCGGAGGAGGACCUUGUCCCGGGCGCGAUUAUUUAUCCCCGUCACCGGGCCGAGACGUGGACGAUUAAGCCGAAUCCGGCGCACCGGUGGUACUUUUUGGAUGGGCAGAAGCCGGAUGAGGCGUUGUUCAUCAAGUGUUUUGAUUCGGAUACGUCGGUCGUUCGGAGGGCUGCGCAUUGUGCUUUUCGGGACCCGGAGAUGGAUGAGAUGGAGUGUCGGCAGAGUAUCGAUAUCCGGGCGUUGGUGUUUCACUGA